AAAGUCACCAUGCCCAUGCAACCCAUUAAAUUCUAUUACGAUGUUCUCAACCAAUCUAGUCGUGCUUUAUAUAUAUUAUUGGAAGCUUCAAAAAUUCCCUUCGAACCAGUGCCGAUUUCGCUUUUAAAAGGUGAACACCUCACUGGCGAAUACAGAGAUAAAGUUACUCGUUUCAAGAGACUCCCAGCAAUUAAUGACCAUGGAUUUCAAUUGUCUGAAAGUGUAGCCAUAUUCCGUCAUUUGGUCAGGGAAAAAAUUGUUCCCGAACAUUGGUAUCCACGCAAAAAUUUGGGUCGCAGCCGAAUUGAUGAAUAUUUAGAAUGGCGUCAACGUAACAUGGGCGUAGCUAGUACAGAUUAUUUUCAACAAAAAUGGCUUGUCCCAUAUUUGCAGAAAACCCGACCCAACGAUAGUUUGGUGAAUGGAGCUGCUAAACAACUCGAUCGCAAUCUAAACGAUUUCGAAAAUCUCUUUCUGAAUUCGAACAAGUUCAUAAUUGGAGAUAAUAUUUCAUAUGCUGACCUGUUAGCAAUAUGUGAAGUUGACCAACCAAAAUACAUUGGUUAUAAUCCCUUUAUUAAACGAAACAAGCUCUCAAAAUGGUACGAUGCAGUUCGCGAGGAAUUGGGGCCAUAUUACAAAGAUAUUUCUGCCGAAUUUGAAAACAAAUUGCGAAUCGCUGAGAAAGGCCAUAAAGAAGCCAUAUCAAUGAAACAAUAA